UAGCCUAUUUAAAGACUUGUGGGAAGUCGACCGUCGUAAUUCGGGCAUUUGUGUAUUGAGAUUUGUGGAAGAAGGAAUAAUUUGAGAAAAUGCCUGUGGACUUUAACGAUAGACAAGGAGGGAAGACAUAUGGACAAUUAAGGAAGAAACAAGAAGAUGCAUUGGACCAGAUCAAUAAGGACUUUGUGGAUGGUGAAGCAUAUAGCGAUGUUGAAGAUUUGGAAGAGAAAUUAGUGGAAUACAAAGCCAAGUUUAUGGAAUAUGAUCUGGACGACUCUGGAGAUAUCGAUAUAAUGGAGUUAAAGCAAAUGAUGGAAAAGCUAGGGCAGGCCAAGACCCACUUGGAAUUAAAGAAAAUGAUAGCGGAAGUCGACACGGAUAACUCCGGCACUAUAAAUUACACAGAAUUUCUGAGUAUGAUGCUUGGAAAGAAAAACUCUAUCCUUAAGAUAAUACUGAUGUUUGAGGAAAAGAGUAAAGAAAAGCAAAAACCUACAGGACUUCCCCCGAAAAAGUCCCUCGCAGAUUUGCCAUAAACAGUUGGGAAUUCCAUAACAGUGGGUGUUGAUGAGUGAAUCCAUAAUGAACAUAUCAGGGUAGAGAGAGAGAGAGAGAGAGAGAGAGAGAGAGAGAGAGAGAGCAAAUCGAUUUUUUGUAAUGAAUGAUGGAUAUUAUUUUGUAAUGAAUGAUGGAUAUUAUUUUGAAAUGUUUUACAAUGUAGUAAAUGUUAUAUAAAAAUUAAAACACUAUUUUUCAUUAUUUUCAUUAAGAUACUGAAGAUUUUGAUGAUGAUUAUAGAAUUCAGAGGUUUUGGAUGGAUAUAACAUGUGUUCAUGAUAUGCUUGCUGAAACUUUACUGACUAAAAGACAUUAAUUUUUUUAUGACGUUUGUGGAUUCUAACUGAAACAAACAAGUUACUGAUGUACAAGUAUCACUUUUCUUACAGGAUAUCAAAAGGCAAAGUUCAGUUUUAAAUCCACACCUUAAUCAUAUGUUAUCAAAUAAAAUAAUUUUUACAUACACAAUCGCAUUUCUUUGAAAUACAAAAUUCUGGUUGUAUUAAAUUAUGGUAAAACAAUGGAUUUAAAUGCAUGCAGUAUCCAUACUGUCUUGUUUAUAAAUGCAACAGCACGGACAUCUGGGACAAAGUUUGAGUACAAUGUUAUUACAUAUGAUAAAUGAAAUCAAGAUGACAAUUAUUUGAACUAAAACUGAAUUCUAAUAACAAACAUCUGAUAUUGACACGGUACUCCGAACAUCCGCACCGUAAGCACCAUCUACACGCAUAUAAAAUCUACACGUAUUCGUUACAUAAUAACAAACCACUAGUCAUUAUCAGUGAAAGUGACUAUGUUAGUACUUCCUGUUAUUUAUUGGCACGAUCACGAUUGUCAUCAUGAUGACAUAUGUGUAUAUAUUAAAACUGAAAUGAUAAAAUUCAAAUGAUAUAUGUUCAUAAAAAAUUACAUAUUCAUUAAUUUUCAUUUUUGUCAAUAACCUGUAUGUAGUUUCCUUUCAUACAAAGUAUCGAAGAAAUGAGAAUUAUUUUUUCAUCAAACUAAUUAUGCCUACUAUUUCAGUAAAUAUUCUGUCAGUUCAAGUUAUCUCUCUUUGUUCUGUUUGUCAAUAUGAUGACAUUAUGAAUAAACGUAUAGAUCUCAGA